UUUUUAUUUUUAUUUUUUACAAUAUUUAUUUUGAAUAAUUUUUGCUGUUUUUUCUCUUCAUUUCUUGGUGCGAUCAGACAUUGUGAUGGUUAAUGAGGACUUGGUUCGGUGAUUAUAUGUUGGUUUGAUUUUUAUUUUUUAUUUUAUUUUAUUUUAUUUUAUUUAUUUAUUUUUUAUCAGCUGAGAGAGUGAUCGCAAGACAUGCUUGUUUUCUUGAUAUCUGUUGGUUUUAUUAGAUGGGUGCAUUUUUUUAUAAAAAAAUUGAGUAUUUGGGUGAGCUCAGGGUCCAGCCUUUUUUUUAGUUUUGUUCUGUUUUGAUCCUGGUUUGUACCACCUUUUUGGCCUUGUUGUGUUAAAUUUUGAGCUGUUUUUGGGUGUCCCCUGUCUGAUUAAAAAUUCUGGGGUAUUUUUAUCUUUUAAAUAAUUCUUUUUUUAGGGUUUCUUAAGCAUGAAUGUAAGCUUUAUUUUGCGUCUCAAAUUAUUUAGGGUUUCUUAAGAAUGUGGGAACUUUAUAUGUUAACUUACUGUUUGGAUUUUUUAUUUUUUAUUUUCUGUAAUUUAUUUGUGGCUUUUUAACAUUUCAGAGUGUGUUUGGAUCCACUUUUUUAGUUAAGGAUGGGAAUUCUGUGGAAUUUCCUAGUGUUAAUUUCAUAAAUGGCCUAUUGUAGGUUUUAUCCCAUUUUGGUUUCUUUUAUCUUGCCGGCAUUUAGGUCAAGUUCAAUUGGGCUUUUCUCAUGUAGGGGUUGAGACUAUGUUUCUCAUACUUUGUCUUCCUUGUAAGUUUAGACUUUUCGGAGCUCACAUUGUGUCUUUGGAACAUUUUCUUCGGAUGGGAGAAUGGCAAUGCAAACUGAGAAUCCUCAACUUCCUCCCAGUGCUGAAGUGGUUGGAAAUGCUUUCGUCGAGCAGUAUUACUAUGUUCUUCACCGUUCCCCAGAAUUGGUUUUCAGAUUUUAUCGGGAUUCAAGUGUGAUGAGCUGGCCAGAUUCAAAUGGGCUUAUGUCAUCAGUGACAACCAUGCAAGGUAUCAAUGAGAAGAUUCUUUCAUCUGAGUUCAAGAACAGGAAGACAGAAAUAAUGACUACAGAUUCUCAGAGCUCUUAUGAAGGAGGGGUAAUUGUUCUAGUAACUGGAUGCUUAAUGACCAAGGAUAAACUGAGAAAAAAGUUCACACAAUCAUUUUUUCUUGCUCCACAAUACAAUGGAUACUAUGUCCUGAAUGAUGUUUUAAGGUAUAUUGUGGAUGGUGAAGCAUUGGAAACCAUUCCAAUUAAUGGAACCAAUGAUUCCCCUGCAGUCUCCUUGAACCAAGGUCCAGGGCACACUCAUGAUCCUGAUCCUCCUGUGCCAGACCCAGCAACUUCUGUUGUGGAAGAUGAUGAGAUUGUUAUUGAGAAAGUCUAUGAUCCACUGGAAAAUGAGGAACAAUUAGUUAAUGAAGAAGAGGAUUUUACAGAAACUCAGUCUCAUCCAAUUGAGAAUGAUGAUUCUACUAUUGCAGAAUCAUCUUCUUCUUCUGCCCAAGAGGAUGCUCCAAAGAAGUCUUAUGCCUCAAUUGUAAAAGUGAUGAAGGGCAGUUCAGGGUCUACCAAAGUUUAUGUGCCUACCAAAACUACGAAAGUGACUCCUGCAAAAACUGAGAACCAGUCACCUGGGCUGGCAGCACCUGCUCCAGUGCCUGAAUCAUCAGUCACAAGUAGCAUCAAUGCCCCUGAAAGUAGUGAUGCUCCCGAGGAAGUUGAGGGCCAUUCAAUUUACAUCCGGAAUUUGCCCUUAAAUGUGACUGUUUCUCAGCUUGAGGCUGAAUUCCAGAAAUUUGGACCUAUCAAGCAGGGUGGUGUCCAAGUCAGAAGUAAUAAGCAACAGGCAUACUGUUUUGGCUUUGUUGAAUUUCUGUCAUUGAGCUCCAUGCACAGUGCAAUUCAGGCUUCACCCAUCAUUAUUGGGGAUCAUCAAGCUGUUGUUGAGAUAAAGAGAACUACAACUCGAGUUGGCAGUGGGAGAGGAGGUAGAUUCCCUUCCGGAAGGGGUGUGUUCCGGGGCCGGGGAAGUUUUGGUGGUGGAAGAGGGUUUGUUAGAAUCGAGUAUGGAAUCCGGGGCGAGUUUUCAGGGCGAGGUAGGGGUCCAAGUGGGCGCAGUGGAGGAGAAGGCUAUCGACAAGGACGAGGGAGAGCUGGGCGUCCAAGUGGGCACACCCAGAAUGCUGGUUCCAGGUGAAAUAUGAGAUAAGAAUUUUGGUGGGAAUUCUUUUGACGAAGAUGUUUUUACAGUCAGUGAUGGGAUGAACACUCAGAGAAACAUGUAUAAUUUGAUGAUAUUAAGUUAAUGAGUAGUUAAAACCCAGUUGAUUCUGGUUAGGAGUAACUUCAAAAAAAAAAAGAGUUGGGGAGGGAGGCCAAGAUGAAAAGGCAUUGUGUAGUGGGGAGUUUUGUUCAACAGAAUUUUGUGUAGGGCGAAUGUAAGUUCUGCAGAAUCUUAUUAAUGUUUCAGUUUUCCAACACAUAGUGGAAUUCCAGAGUUGUAGCAUGUGAUUGAUUGGCCCUUGGUCCCUAACAACCUUAUUUUUCCC